GUAUGCUUUGCCUUCGUUAAUAGAACCUGUUGAGUCACUCUGAACAUGCUCAGUGCCAAAGCAUGGCUUCCUCAUCUUCCAAGCUAUGCAUUGCCUUUGUGCAUCCCGACCUUGAAAUAGGCAGUGCUGAACGCUUGGUUGUGGACACUGCACUCAGCCUGCAGAAGCUAGGGCAUGAGGUUGACAUUUACACCUCACAUCACGAUCUGAACCAUUGUUUCAACGAGACUCGAGAUGGUAUGCACGAAUCACGUACCAAUGCAGGUACCCUACGGGUGCAUGGAAUCGAACUGCCUUUUCUGCGCUCGUUCAAGGGCAAAUUCCACAUCCUCUUCUCUCAUGCCCGCCAACUGCACCUAACGACCUAUCUGCUCCGCCCGUCCUCACCGAAAUACGACGUCUACUUCUGUAGACCAAUUGUCAACAUGUAUACCCUUCCUGCAUUUGUGUUUUACUGUCACUUCCCAGAUAAGCUCCUCACGGAUGGGGCGUACGUGGAGGGCAAAGGCCGGAGGAGUGGGAGCAUGCUGAAGAGGAUGGAUCGGUUCCCGAUGGACUGGAUGGACUGGCUGGAGGAAGUGACAACAAGACAGGCAGAUAUUAUUCUGGCCAACUUGAAGUUCACCGCACGAGUCUUCCAAAAGCACUUUCCUUCCACUCCAUCGAUGCCCAAGGUGGUAUAUUCAGGGAUUAACUUGUCAGCAUAUGAGGCGAUGGCAUAUGAUGCCUCGGAUCUGGAUAUCAUUCAGGUUGCCUCAGGUCGCCCGAUGCUGCUAUUGUUGAAUCGCUUUGAGAAGAAGAAGAACACUGCAUUAGCAGUUGAUGCAUUUGCAUUGCGGCAUAAAAACAUGAGGCUGGUUAUUGUGGGUGGAUAUGAUCCAAGAUUGGAGGACAAUAUGAUGACCCUCGUCGGGUUGAUCGACCGCGCAAAGGCCAACUCACUGACCUUCAACAUCGUCAUGCCUUCCACAUCUCACAUCGCCAUCCCACCCUUCAAUCUAAUGCCUUCCUCUCCCGACAUCCGCUUCCUCCUCAACUUCAUCAUAGCCCAACACUCAGCACUGCCAACCUCCCCUGCCACCCUUGCACUCCUCUACACACCAAUGAAGGAGCACUUUGGUAUCAGGCCUGUGGAGGGCAUGGUCUGUGGCUUGCCGAUCUCAGCCUGUAAUAGUGGAGGGCCUAUGGAAAGCGUGAUCAACUCACCGCUGGAAGAAUGGACAGGCUGGCUGCGCCCUCCAGAGCCCGAAGUGGCGCAUCGAUGCAUGAGAGAGAACUUUGGUAUGGACACUAUGGUGAAGGGACUCGAAGAGGUGUUGAAGGAGGUGGUCGGGAUGGGCCCCGUCAUGGCAUCGUCCUUGCUGCUUGUAUGCUGGGCUCUGUUGGCAGUUUUUGCUGCUCUCAUUUUGAGUGUGUUUGUCUAG